GCUGGCUGUACCUCACUAACACUUUCACAUUACUCUGAGCAGGUUGAUCAUCAAGUUUUUAUUUGACUUUAGAAGAAAUGUUUUAGUUCAGAUUUUUACMCUGUCUGUGAUCUCUGCUCACCAUCCUCGAGCUGUUUACAAGAAACAAGGUUUACGUCAAAGCUUUUCUCAGUAUCCUCUGGACACCAUGAACUCCAAACUGAGCACGAACCAGUAUAAAACAAUCUGCUCUCAGCUGGGAACUGUCAAACUCAAGCUGCUCUACAAAGCUUCUCUCCAUGGUUUUACUGGAGCUGCCUUCCACCAACUAUGUGACAACCACAGUCCCACUGUGUCUGUCGGCUACAACGUCUCUGGUCAUGUGUUUGGAGGCUACACCAGACAACCUUUCAGUCAGACUGGACAGUAUGUGAACGAUGACCAGGCCUUUCUUUUCACCUUCACUGAAAGAAAACUUCAGAAAUACCCAGUUGUCAAUCCUCAACAUGCAGUGAAAAUGUUCAACAACAGUGGUCCUUAUUUUGGAGAAGCCCUGGUUCUUCUCAAUGGAAGCACACCAGUGGUCUACAGUAAACCAGCAGGAGGUCAUUACAACUUCAAUGCAGCAGAAAUGCAUGGAAAUGACCUGAACCUGAUUGAAUGUGAAGUCUACCAAGUGGAAGAGGUCACUUUAUUUGAGAAGCCAUGGAGGGACAUAAUCUGGGAAACUCAGAAGAGGAAUGAGCUGAUGGAGAGCAUCAGAACCUACAAACCCACAGUCAGGUCUGUGACCCAGGCUCGGGUUUUAAUGAUUGGACCAGUUGGAGCUGGAAAGUCCAGCUUCUUUAACUCCAUCAACUCUGUAUUCAGAGGCCACGUCACCAGCCAGGCCAUGUCUGGCAGCUCCACCACCAGCCUCACCACACAGUUUAGAACUUAUACUCUGAAAGAUGGACGAGAAGGUAAACCUCUGCCAAUCAUCAUGUGUGACACCAUGGGAUUGGAGGAAAGCAAAGGGGCGGGGCUUGAUAUAGAUGACAUCAGCAGCAUCCUCAGAGGCCACAUCCCUGACCGUUACAUGUUUAACCCUGCUGCUCCUCUGCAAGCAGAAGGUGGCUCCUUUCAGAGGUCUCCAGGUCUCAAGGACAAGAUCCACUGUGUGGUUUAUGUCAUUGAUGCCUGCAAGAUCUCCAUUAUGCCCCAAAUGCUGGAGGAGAAGCUGGUAGCUAUCCGCAAGAAGGUCAACUUGAUGGGGGUUCCUCAGCUGGUUGUUCUGACUAAAGUCGAUGAAGCCUGCCCUCAUGUCCAAGAAGAUCUGAGAAAUGUUUACAAAAGUAUCUAUGUUAAGAAGCUGAUGCAGAAAAUCGGUGAUUGUCUCGGUGUGCCGCUGUCCUGCAUCGUYCCAGUGAAGAACUACACUGAGGAGUUGGAGCUGGACACGAGCUGCGACAUCCUGCUGCUCAAGGCCCUCGUCCAGAUUUUUCGCUUUGCUGAUAAUUUCUUUGAUGACGUCAGCAACGUUUUGAGCAACGUUCAAAUGAGAGCACAAGCAGUAGAAGAAGGUGGCAGGGAAGGAAGUCCGAUGCAAUCUAGUUUAGACAGACUAGCAGAUUUUUAACCAUCAACAUGUUCAUCUGACCAAAACUAAAGUCAGAUAGUUGCACUGAGUUUGUCUUCAUCCUGAGAGGAAGGUUUGAAAUGUUUUCAUAUAAUGCAUUACUGUGGUGGAAAAAAAACUUUUUCAUGUCUGUUAAACAAAGUGCAGAAAUACAUGAUCAAAAACAUUCUACACUACAA